CGAAGGACUUAUUCUGGGUUGCUUCUCUGAGAAAUAGACAUCUGGUUCUUUUGAUAUCCCAGAGAAGAACGUGGUAUGUGGCUUUCUGAUAAAGCGUGUUGCUGAGUCAUGGCUGGGGAGGUCUUUACGGAGAUCCCCGUCCGGCUGGUAGCAGGUUGCUCAGCUCACCGUCCUCGUCACGACUUCUGGCUGAGACGGGACGAGCGAAGCCACUUCCAACCAAGGGGGAUUUCACUGCCAUGAAAGGCCACCGUCUUCCCUAGAGAGUACCCUGCCCUGAAAAAUUACCCAGCGCAUCAGUGGGGAAGACUUGUGGCAAACCAGUCCGUGGUGGAAGGCAGUUCUCAGCAACAGUUGGUGGCCAGCUUAAAGACAGGAUGGCGAGUUGGCUUCGUAAUCCCCUAAAGGAACCAGAGAUUGAGCUGUUUGUAAAGGCUGGCUUGGACGGACAGAACAUCGGAAACUGCCCCUUUUGUCAAAGCCUCUUUAUGGUGUUAUGGCUCAAAGGUGUCAGAUUUAAUGUCACCACCGUGGAUAUGACAAGGAAACCUGAUGAGCUGAAGGAUUUGGCCCCCGGUACCAACCCUCCAUUUUUAGUCUUCAACAAGGAGCUGAAAACAGAUUUUCUGAAGAUUGAAGAUUUUCUGGAGCAGACCCUCUCACCACCUAAGUACCCACAGCUCACUCCCCAAAACAAGGAGUCCAUGGAUGUGGGCAGAAACAUUUUUGCCAAAUUCUCCACGUACAUCAAGAACCCCCACAAGGAAGCAAAUAAAAGUUUGGAGAAAGGUUUGCUGAAAGAAUUCCAGCGCUUGGAUGAUUACUUAAGAAAUCCCCUGCCUGAAGAAAUUGACCAGAACUGUGUUGAAGACCUUCUGGUUUCUGAAAGGAAAUUCCUGGAUGGAAACCGAAUGACAUUAGCAGACUGCAACCUUCUCCCCAAACUCAACAUCAUCAAGAUUGCCGCCAAGAAGUAUCGCAACUUUGAGAUCCCUUUGGAGAUGACUGCGGUUUGGCGCUAUCUCCACCAUGCUUAUGCCCGGAAUGAGUUCAGCCACACUUGUCCAGCUGACGAGGAGAUUGAACGCACUUACGCCAGCGUGGCUAAGAAGAUGAGCUAAAGACUAAGCUCUGGAAGUUGGUGCCUGCAAAGGUCUACCAGCGAGUUGGGUGUGCAAUACUGACCCCACCCCACAAGCUGAAUAUUCUUCAUGUACUAGUCUUUAAAAAAAUACUUCGUAUUUUUAGGAGAAGAAUUCAUUGUAGUCAUCUUUUUCUGCCAAAUCUUUUGACCAUGAGUUGGUCAUAUAUGAGAGACUAGCUGGAUACCCGUCCUCCGCUAUGAAACUAUGUGAUCGGGCUUGAUAAAUUGACACUUACAGCUUGAAAAUUAAUGAGUAGUUAUGAUCGGCCUCCUCUCCCCUUCUCUCCCUCAGACUUGCCCCACAGAGGCCUCUCCUAUCUUAUCCCCUUCUCUCCCUCAGACUUGCCCCACAGAGGUCUCUCCUAUCUUUUCCCCUUCUCUCCCUCAGUCUAAUUCCUUAGCAUCAGCGUAUUUUUCAGGUGGGGAGGGAGAGUAGAAUGUCUAAACUCCCAGCCCAGACUGAAUGAGUCAUGUACUGGCCACACCCACGCCCAAGUGGCAGUUGGAACAGAGUUCUUUUCAGAUGGGGAGGGGGAGUAGAAUUUCUAGCUUCCUUGGCAUCAGAGUGUGUUAAUAAUAAUAUAAGAAAUACUAAUGAUCUGAUGGUCAUUUCGAAAAAUCCUUUCUUAGCGAGCACCAAGAAGCCAAGAGGAACGUAUGUGCCAAAUUUCAAGUUUGUAGGCUUUACGGUUCUGGAGAUUUCAUGAUGAUACAUGAGUGGUAUUUCGCUUUUAUAUAGCGAGAUUAUUCUUUUGGCGUUUCUUCACCUGCGUGUACACUUUUCAUGGAGCAAAAGGUAGUUAAAUCUGACCCUCCAUCGUGGUUAGUUCUAAAUUCUGUUAAGAGAUUCCGGGACAUUUUUACAAGACUUCCAAGAAUCAACUGGAUCAAACACUACCUUGUUGAAGAAGAUUAUGUGCCUCUGCGCCUAGGAAGGAUAUAUAUAUAUAUUUUCAUGCAGACUUCUAGGUUGGGGGCCUGAGCGCCUUCCUUGCAGUUUCUUCUCUUGGACACCAAAAGUGCCUCUGUGGUUUCUAGAGUCUCAAUAUCUUUUUUUAUAGAGUGGUGACCAAAAUUGGAUGUAAGAUUCUAGCCUUUAUAGAGUGGUAUUAGUACCUCACUUGAUUUCCCCAGCCAGCAUGUCCACAAGUCCACAAAUCUUAAAGUUGUCAAGCUUGGAAACCCUUGCUGUAAAUAAAUAAGAGCGCUCUUUGCAAAGCAAAGAUAACAGAUAUUCAUAAAGUACUGGAUUCGUUUAAUCUUAAAUCGUCCUCUCUGAAUUUCUUAUGCAAGACACACAUUAGGAGUCACAAAACACUAAGCCACAAUAUCUCUAAGAGCUUUUCAAUUUUCUUUGUAGCAACAAGGAAAGGAAAAUCCUGGCUUUUUUAAAAAAAAAUAAAAAAUAGAUGUGUCUGUUUACUUUGUAUUCCUGUAAUGAUAAUAAACUUUAUUUUAUAUACAACCUCCA